AUGCAAUCGCACUUCCUUCGAGGACGACCGCAAUAUCACAGCAAUAGAGGACAUCUUGGUAGUUCUCGUGGCAACUAUCACCCCGGAUUGAGAGGGGGCGCACGAACGACGUACACACCGCCGUGGGCUAAUAAGGGUACACCAACCUUAAUACCCGGGAGGACCCCAGCUGGGGGGCCGCAGUCGCAGAAUCUUAAUAAUCACCCAGACGCAGUGCAGGACCAGAACAAUAACACAGACAACAUAGCAUUGCCUACAGGUCAAGCAACCGUCAUCAGCGAACAUUACAAGGAGUACGCUGCGACCAUACGAGACUCGCUCGUCCACUAUGGCAUACAGGAGGGCCUGGCCGAUGCAAUCAUAACCGAGCAAAUGUUUCUCCUUGCUACAGAACUCCUAUAUCGACUUCAAAACUUGGAAGCGGAGAAUAAGAGACUUAACAAUAAUCUGGUGGCAUAUGGACGCAUAACCAAGAGAGGAGCUACUGAAGGCAUCGAGGAAAGUGAUAAUCGGCCCCUGAAGAAAGCAACGACAAGCGCAAAUCAUAGCGCUGUCACUAUUAACAACAUUCCCGGAUCCACAUUACGCGAACCGGAGAUUUGUGAGCAGGUGCCAGACAUGGUGUCAGGAAUAACUAUCCCUGGACCGCGACACCCCGCGCCAAAGCUCAAACGCGACCCGUCGAGGGACCACCCCAAUCCCAUAGGGUAUCGCACAGAAGAUGAAGACUCAGACGAUGGAGAUGAAGCACCAGGGCCAGAUGAGUUGUUGAAGCGUCAAGCCAACCGGCAGCUCGACUUUGACAUGUACUCCGGCCGCAUAGACAAUGUGUGGGGAGUGGUCUUACAUCCUCAACUGUCCCCACAGCGCCAUAACGCCCUGCGCAACACUCUACCACGCCAUACAUGGUACUCCAACCGCAGCAACUCUGUUUUCACCGGAAAUACCGCGGUGGCCGCCAUGCAGUGGGAACAAACUCACGAUAACGCAUAUAAUCCAUACAAGAAUCCCCUGUACGCCGUAGCGCCUCGAGGAGUACCCAGAAAUCCUCUGGAAGUCAAAGGCCUUAUUCAAAUCACGCAGGACGAGACGUACGAAUCAUGGGUACGAAUCGAAGCCUAUGUGUUAUUGCGCACCUUACAGAAUGCUGCCGCCAUGAGUGUACCCCAAGUUCACGACCGGGCAAUGCAGCAUCUGGAUAAGAUGCCAAUGGAGGAUUUCACUCCGAACGUCAAAGAGGAGGACUGGAACGAAAUAUUGUUACCGCACGACUUUGACAGACUCCGUAACCGAUACAGUGCUCACAAAAACAACCAGGGCAUGGGUGUCCCCCUACCCUCGCGAGAACAAUCUCUCAACGUCGACGAUCUCGCGCUGUUUGUUUUGAUGCACGCGAGACUGGGAAGUGUAUCCCCGUUUCAUGGGGUAGCGGUAAAGUUGUCGUUGGAAGUCGAUCGUCGUUCGACCUUUGGACAAGGGCUAGUGCGAAUGAUUGGACCCGUGGACAAAGCAGCACGACCUACCUUCACCAAACUGUUCGCUGCAUUGGUUUCGCACGCCCAUCGGUAUCGGGAGGCUAUUGAUGUAUAUAACAAUCAGCACCCGGAUAGCCCAUUCCACCCACAGGACGGUCCAUUAUAUUCAUUUACGAGGUCAACGCUCGGCCUAGAGGAAAUCAAAAACCUCGGCGUCGAGCAUGUUGUGGAAGUGUUGAUUAGAAACCGCAUCCCGGUGGCGUGGAUUGACCACGCCUACCCGUUUGGGUACCAUUACUUGAACGCACGCAUUACUCAGCCUAUCCCCAACUCACAUCCCCUCGCUGUGUAUGACGACGAAAGACUGCGACGCCUUGAUAUGUUCGGCGUACCCCCUGCCAUCCCCGAAUGGGAUGGGUGGAGACAACCGUCCGAUGACGACCGACUCCGACUUUAUGUUAUUAUGAGCCUCGAGGAGAAGGCAAAUCCCAAUACCCCAGGAUUCAACCAUUACACGUGGUUGCGCAUUGGCGAACCACUGACUCAGAGAUUUCUGGCUUUCCGCGAUCAAUCGACUAUUAACACUCAGGCCACUGAGGCGCCUACAGACAUGGCUUCGACAGCCAUGAUGCGCGAUGACGACGACGAGAUGGCCGAUGCUCAGGAGGAGGAAUCGGCUCAACGAAUGGACGAGGACGUCCCGACUGAGGGAAUUGCGCGACUAACGCUUAAGAAGGUUAACUCAAUCUAA